UCUUCUUCCCCUUGAAUCUUGUUCUUCAACUUCUUUAUAGCUUCAUGGAGAAAAAUGAAAAAUAAAAAGAGGUAAAAAUCUAAUCUUUGUGCUCAGUUUCUUCAUUUGAUUGAGCCCCCACCAUUGAUAUCAUUUCAAUCUUCCAAAAUUUCCAUGGAUAGUAUGUGAUUAAUCUCAAUUAUCAUCCUUCAAUUAUCAUGUUUUGUAUCAUUUCAAAUCCAAUUGACAUGAUUCUUGUUUGAAUGAUUCCAAUUUGAUGUUAUUCUAUGACCCUUUUGUAUUGAAAAUCAAAAUUUUGAGUCUUUUUCAUACAUAUUAAUCAAGGGUGAGAACUUUGUGUUGUUGUAUUUGAUGGAUAAUUAUGGGUCAUCUUCUUCUCCAUAUCGUUAUCCAAACCCAUAUGUGUACCCUCCUAACCCUCAUCCACCAUACCAGCCUAUAGCUCCAGGUCCUGAUCCAUAUGCACAUGUUCCUUAUGCAUAUCCUUAUAGUUCUUCACAUUCCUUCAACUAUUCCUACCCUAGAUCACCCUUAUCAUCCUCCAAUUCUGGUUCAUUCAAGUAUUCUUACCCUCCUCCUCCUCCUCAAUCACCCUCCUCAGCCCCAUUUAACCACCCUCCUCCUCCCCAAUUGGACUUUCCCCAGCCUCUUCCAGCUUAUCCUUAUCCCUACCAUGUUCCUCCUCAAGGGACUCAUGGUUCUCCUAGGCCUUCCCUUUCAAACCAUGGUAGUUUUCAACAUGGUUCAUCUCAUCACUAUUAUCAACAAAAUGAGGCCUAUUCUUCUCAUGGAGACCCUCCUGAUGCGCAUUUGCGUGCCAAUAGCUUCUCUGGCCCUUACUGGCAGGAGACAACAAGCUCCACAGGUGGAGUAGCAGCACAAAGUAGUGAUAAUUCCAAGCCUUCUAAGAGUUCUGCUUACCCUCCUUUGGAUGAUCUUAUGAGCAGUGUUCGGUUGUCUGAUAACAUGCCAACUGCUCCUGCAUCACCCCUUGCACCUGCAGCGCAACCACUGAUGUAUUCCAUUUCAGUUCCAAAGUUACAGCAGAAGAGAGAGGACUUUUAUGGAUAUUCAAAUAACUCCUUUUCGGGUUGGGGAUCCUCCUACCCUGGUCAGGUGGAUUCAUCUAGGCUUUCAGAUUAUUCAGGCUCAUUUAAUAAUUCAGUGCAUGGCCAGAGAAUGCAGAUUGUUCCAAUACAGAAUAAAGGAUCCUUGAGAGUUUUGCUCCUACAUGGGAAUUUAGAUAUAUGGGUUCAUGAAGCCAAAAAUCUCCCAAAUAUGGACAUGUUCCACAAAACAUUGGGGGAUAUGUUUGGUAAAUUACCUGGUAGUGUGAGCAAUAAAAUCGAAGGAACUAUGAAUAGGAAGAUUACCAGUGAUCCUUAUGUAACAAUUUCAGUAUCAAAUGCUGUACUUGGGAGGACUUUUGUCAUUAGCAACUGUGAAAAUCCUGUCUGGAUUCAACAUUUCUAUGUUCCCGUUGCACAUCAUGCUGCUGAAGUGCACUUUGUUGUUAAAGACAGUGAUGUGGUGGGUUCACAACUCAUUGGCAUUGUGGCAAUUCCAGUUGAACAAAUAUACUCAGGGGAAAAAGUUGAAGGAACAUUUCCUAUCCUGAAUAAUAAUGGGAAACCUUGUAAGCAAGGUGCUGUCCUGAGCCUAUCCAUUCAAUUCAUCCCAAUGGAGCAACUGAGCAUUUAUCACCAAGGAGUGGGAGCAGGACCUGAAUAUAUUGGGGUUCCUGGUACAUAUUUUCCUUUGAGGAAAGGUGGAACUGUUACUCUAUAUCAAGAUGCUCAUAUUCCAGAUGGAAGCCUCCCCAAUGUGUUGCUUGACAAUGGGUUGUAUUAUGUCCAUGGACAGUGUUGGAUUGACAUCUUUGAUGCCAUAAGACAAGCUCAGCGUUUGAUUUACAUUACAGGGUGGUCAGUGUGGCACAAAGUUAGGUUGAUAAGGGAUGCUUCUGAUAAUGCAUCAGAUUAUAACUUGGGUGAUCUUCUGAGGUCAAAGUCACAAGAAGGAGUAAGAGUGCUUCUCCUUAUUUGGGAUGAUCCUACGUCAAGAAGCAUUUUGGGUUAUAAAACAGAUGGUGUCAUGGCAACUCAUGAUGAGGAAACUCGAAGAUUUUUCAAGCAUUCUUCAGUACAUGUGCUGCUUUGUCCUCGCAUUGCUGGAAAACGACAUAGCUGGAUCAAGCAAAAGGAAGUUGGAACAAUAUAUACGCAUCAUCAGAAAACUGUAAUUGUGGAUGCUGAUGCUGGAAAUAACAGAAGAAAAAUUGUAGCAUUUGUCGGUGGACUUGAUUUGUGUGAUGGGCGAUAUGAUACUCCCCACCAUCCUCUCUUUAGGACAUUGCAGACAAUACAUAAAGAUGACUAUCACAACCCUACUUUCACGGGUAAUAUUGGUGGUUGUCCAAGGGAGCCAUGGCAUGAUUUGCAUUCUAAAAUUGAUGGUCCAGCAGCUUAUGAUGUUUUAACUAACUUUGAGGAGCGCUGGUUAAAAGCUUCAAAACCUCAUGGUAUAAAAAAGUUGAAAAUUUCAUAUGAUGAUGCUUUGCUUAGGCUGGAAAGAAUUCCAGAUGUUAUUGGCAUGAAUGAUGCUCAUUAUGUUGGUGAUGAUGAUCCUGAAGCUUGGCAUGUUCAGAUAUUUCGUUCAAUUGAUUCGAAUUCUGUUAAGGGAUUUCCAAAGAAUCCAAAAGAAGCAACUAGCAAGAACCUAGUAUGUGGGAAGAAUGUGCUGAUUGACAUGAGCAUACAUACAGCAUAUGUGAAGGCCAUUCGUGCUGCACAGCAUUAUAUUUAUAUAGAGAAUCAAUAUUUCAUCGGGUCUUCAUUCAAUUGGAGUCAACAUAAAGACCUUGGUGCUAAUAAUUUAAUCCCAAUGGAAAUUGCUCUAAAGAUUGCUGAAAAGAUAAAAGCAAAUGAGAGAUUCGCUGUGUAUAUUGUUAUUCCAAUGUGGCCAGAGGGUGUUCCAACAGGGGCUGCCACACAAAGGAUUUUAUUUUGGCAGAAUAAAACAAUGCAAAUGAUGUAUGAGACAAUAUACAAGGCUUUGGUUGAGGUCGGGCUUGAAGCAGCAUUCUCUCCACAAGACUAUUUGAACUUUUUCUGUCUUGGCAAUCGAGAGGUCAUAAAUAUGCAUGACAAUUUCAAUGUGUCAGGAUCUCCUCCCCCAGCAAAUAGUCCACAAGUAUUGCUCUAUCCAACUAGUCGAAAUAGCCGGCGUUUCAUGAUUUAUGUUCAUUCAAAAGGAAUGAUAGUUGAUGAUGAAUAUGUGAUAUUGGGGUCUGCAAAUAUCAACCAACGCUCUAUGGAAGGCACGAGGGACAGUGAGAUUGCAAUGGGAGCCUACCAACCUCAUCAUACUUGGGCAAGAAAGCAAUCUUAUCCACAUGGACAAAUCCAUGGAUAUAGGAUGUCACUUUGGGCAGAACACACAGGAACCAUUGAAGACUGCUUCUUGCAACCUGAGAGCCUUGAAUGUGUGCGAAGGGUUAGAGCAAUGGGUGAGGUUAACUGGAACCAAUUUUCAGCAAAUGAUAUAACAGAGAUGAGAGGGCAUCUACUCAAAUACCCAGUAGAAGUUGAUCGGAAAGGCAAAGUUAGAUCCCUUCCUGGCCAAGAAGAGUUCCCUGAUGUGGGAGGAAAAAUAGUUGGAUCAUUUCUUGCCAUGAAGGAGAAUCUAACCAUUUGAUGAAUUGAUUACUUUGAGUCUUUCACAUUCUGCUGGUCAUUAGGAUAAGAUGUAUGUAAAUUACAAAAUAGAAGUUAAACAAUUUUGAAAUGCAUGAUAGUUGAACAAAUACAAUGUAUAGUCAUAAACAGUUACAGGUUAUUCUUUUUCCUUUCUUAGAGGAUUAACAUACGACCACAUUCUUGAUUAUCAUACUAGCAUAUAUAUCCAAGAAAAAAACUUCCCAAAACUCAGUCUGGGAUUUGUGCCUGUAUACUUU